CAAUGGGGGACCGGCCGGUGGAGCCCCCUCUCUACAGUCGUACUUCUGUACUCCAAUCGCGGUACUCUUUUUCGGGUCCCCGACCCGCGACCGGCAGCGGUCACCGAUUGUCCCUCUCUUUCGUUUUUUAAGAGCUGAUGCGCGAUUUUGAUAUAUAUGUUGUUUCUUGCCGUCUUAUCUAGUCUUCGGUUGCGCGUCAACCUUUUCGAUUCGCGAGGUCACAAUCCGAUUGACCUGCGGUUCUUUUUUUUGUUCAUUUUGUGACUUCUGCGGUUUUCUAAAUAGGAUCUUCGAUUUAAAAUGGGGACGAUCCCUCACCUAUCAAUAAUCAAAGGUCCGACAAGACCUGUCACCCCAUCCUUGUUGCACAAGCUGUUCGAAAAUGUUGCUGUAGGGCCAAGCCAAAACAACACUGCCCUGAUAUACAAAGAAAAUGACCAAGUCCGCCAAACCACUUACUCGGAGCUCAACGCCACAACAAACAAAAUGGCGCGCGCCAUUCACCAGCUCAUCACAACCAACAGUUUACCCAGAAACAAAGAUGGCGACUAUAUCAUCGCAGUUAACAUGGUGCCAAGUGACCGUUUGGUAACAGUCCUAUUGGCUAUCUGGAAAGCUGGAGCUGCUUAUCUACCUUUGGAUCAUGCCUUUCCUGGACCUAGAAUUGAACAUAUCGUCAGAGAAGCCAAGCCUGUUUUGAUUAUCUAUGACCAAGAUUCUCCCUUUUACAUGGACACAUACAAAAUAUCCUAUGACGAACUUGUUGAGCAGAGCAAAAAUAAAACCUCAACAACUUUAGCAGAUAACGAGCAAGUUUCACAUGUCAAGGACGAUCUCGCGAUUGUUUUGUAUACAUCGGGAAGCACUGGAGUACCCAAAGGUGUUCGACUGCCCCAUAGAGUAAUCCAGAAUAGACUUCAAUGGCAGUUCAAAAGAUUCCCAUACAGCUCUACAGAGAAAGUUUGUAUCUUCAAAACGGCACUGACAUUUGUUGACAGUGUGAGCGAAAUAUAUGGUCCACUAAUAAGCGGUUUAGCUAUCCUGGUUGUUCCGAAAGCUGUUACUAAGGAUCCUCAGCAGUUAGUGGCCCUUUUGGAGGAAUACAAGAUCGAGAGGCUCGUUCUAGUGCCGUCGCUUUUGCGUUCUCUGCUUCUGUAUCUGGAAUUACAAAAAACUGAGCACCUGCUCGGAAAUCUACGUUUGUGGGUGUGUUCGGGAGAAACACUGGUAGUUUCACUUUCCAAGGAAUUUUACAAGUACUUCCCAGAAAAUGAGCACACGCUUUGUAAUUUUUAUGGAAGUACUGAAAUUAUGGGUGACGUCACGUACUACGUAGUACCAGGACUUAACGAGUUGAAACACAUGGAUAAAGUAGCAAUAGGCGUACCAAUCGACAAUACUGCCAUAUACCUGCUAGACCAACAGUUCAGACCAGUCAAGAGUGGUGACGUAGGCGAACUGCACGUGUCAGGACUAAAUUUGGCCGCAGGAUAUGUGGCAGGACGAGAUCCUGACAAGUUCGUCGAAAACCCAUUGGCUGUCGAUCCUGCCCAUGCCAAGUUGUAUCGUACCGGAGAUUUUGCUAGGAUAGAAAAGGGUAUAUUGAUCUAUGAAGGUCGAACAGACUCCCAAGUCAAAGUUAGAGGUCACAGAGUUGAUCUGUCAGAAGUUGAGAAGGCAGUGGCAGCAAUUGAAGGGAUAGAGAAAGCUGUAGUGUUAUGCUACAAUCCAGGAGAGAUGAACCAGAGCCUACUAGCUUUUGUGACUACAAACACGCUGAUGAGUGAACAUCAAAUAGAAACUAUACUGAAGGAAAAGCUAACGUCGUACAUGGUACCUCAGGUGAUCCUCUUAGAGACCAUCCCCCUAUUGGUUAAUGGCAAGACAGACAGACAGGCGUUGCUGAAGUUAUAUGAGAAUACCAAUAACAACGGCCACUCAAUUCAUGAAGUAGAAAUGAACUACGAUGGCGUAUGUCCAAUCCAAAAGGAAGCAGCCAAGGUACUUUUUGAAACCGUGGCUAGUGUUUUGAGCAGAUCCGCCAGAGGUGUCAUAUCAGUCAACUCCAACUUUUACGAAAUCGGAGGAAACUCUUUGAACUCCAUCUACACCAUAUCAAAACUCAACGAACAAGGAUACCAUAUUAGUAUUGGAGACUUUAUAUCAGCAAUGGACCUAGGUGAAAUACUACUCAGGAUGACUUCCGAUGCGAAAGUCUACACACAGCCUCCCACCUAUUUUAGUGAGCCACUGAAGCCUGGUUACAAAGAUAUAGCUACUGACAUGAUAACGCUGAGCUUCUACCACAAAGCCGACCUUGAGCAAUGGAUCUUGUCAGAACUCUCAGAGGCAGACUACAGAGAGCUGAUAGACGCUAUAUGGGAACCCCUUCUUGAAAAGAACCUAAGCUUCGUGGUAAAGUCAGAAACGGGCAAGAUAGUAGGAGUUGCAUUGAACUUUGACGCGAGGGAUGAACCGGAAGUUGAGAUCAAAUCAAAACUUACAGUUAUUUUCGAAUUUUUGGAGGCUAUCGAAGGACCUAUAAGGGAUAACCAGUUGCCACCUGGAAAAGGCGUAGUGCUGCAUGCUUUCAUGAUGGCAACACAUUAUUCCCUAUCACCUAAAGAAAACGUAGCAGUAAUGCAGUUUAUGGAGGACGAAGUAUUGAAGCUUGCCCGAGAAAGAAAUUUCACUGGAAUACUAACUACGAACACAAGUCCUUUGACACAGCAACUGGGUACAAAUGUAUACCAAUAUCAAAACAUGUGUGACUACCAAGUGAACCAAUAUGUCGCUAGUGACAAUACGAAACCUUUUGGAUUGGCACCUGAUGAUCAAAGAGCCAUAGUACAUUGGAAACCAGUGAAAUAAUAACAUUUUGUGAUUUAUAUGUAUGUAAUUUUAUUGUUAAUAUUUAUCGUUACCGUAUAUUCUUCAUUGUAGAUAUAAGACAUAAGAUUGUAAAAUAUUGUAUUAUUCAUUAUUAAGAUAUGUAGAUUGAAACUAAGUGAACGAAUAAAAUGGAUCAGCU